AUGUCCCAGGCGGAGCUGAAGGACGAGGAGAAGGAGAAGUGGGAGGAUCCGAAGUGGCUGAGGACCGUCGAUUGGUAUGGACCGGACGACCCGGAGUGUCCGAGGAACUGGUCGUUCGCGAAGAAGUGCUUCGUGACGUUCGAUAUUUGCCUCAUCACAUUUGCCAUUUACAUUGGAUCAGCCAUAUACUCGCCCGGUAUCCUCUUCGUCGCCGAAGAGUUCAAUGUAUCGCCCGUAGCCGCUACCCUCGGCAUCACGAUGUUCGUCCUCGGCUACGGCAUCGGACCCAUGUUCCUCUCUCCCUUCUCGGAGGUUCCCCAACUCGGCAGGACGAGCACGUACAUCAUCACCCUCUUCCUCUUCGUCGUGCUCCAGAUCCCGACCGCGCUCGCCAAGAACCUCGGCACGCUCCUCGCGAUCCGGUUCUUGGCAGGGUUCAUCGGCUCCCCGCCGCUCGCGACGGGCGGCGCGAGUCUGGCGGAUAUGUGGGGCCCGGCGGAUAUGGCCAUCGUCAUGGGCCUCUGGGGCUGCUCGGCCGUGUGCGGGCCCGUGCUCGGUCCUUUACUCGGCGGGUUCGCCGCGACGGCGAAGGGGUGGACGUGGACGAUCUGGAUUUUGAUGUGGCUCGCGGGCGCGGCGCUCGUGUUCCUCGCCGUGUUCUUGCCCGAGACGAGCUCGUCCGCGAUAUUGUAUCGCCGCGCGGUGCGCCUGCGCAAGCUGACGGGGAACGAGUCGCUCCGGUCCCAGGGCGAGCUCGACGCCGAGUUUUACACGGCGAACGAGGUCGUGCAGAUGACGAUGAUCCGGCCGUUCGUGCUCGGUUUCACGGAGCCGAUCGUCGCGGCGUGGAACGUGUACGUCGCGCUGUUGUACGGCAUCUUGUAUAUCUGGAUCUCGAGCUUUGAUCUCAUCUUUAUCGAGAUUUAUGGGUUCAACCUGGGCGAGAACGGGUUGGCGUUUAUGGGUGUGGCGAUCGGCGCGAUCAUCGGCCUGUUCCUCAUGAUCCCGUACGUGAACCGGUACAUCCGGCCCAAGUUUGCGAACGGGGACGAGGACUUCCCGCCCGAGGCACGUCUGCCGCCCGCGAUGGUGGGCGCGAUCUUGCUCCCCGCCUCGUUGUUCUGGUUCGGAUGGACGGCGCGCGCGUCGAUCCACUGGAUUGUCCCGAUCAUCGCGACGGUGUUCUACUCCAUCGGCACCUUCUUCGUGUUCCAAGCCGGGCUCAACUACCUGCACGACUGCUACCCGCGCUACCUCGCGAGCGUGUUCGCCGGGAACGACCUCUUCCGGUCCGUGCUCGGCGCCGCGUUCCCCGUCUUCGCCAACGCGUUCUUCAAGAACCUGGGGAUCGGCAAGGCGUGCAGCGUGCUGGGGGGUAUAUCGGUCGCGAUGAUCCCGAUCCCGUGGGUGUUGUGGACGUAUGGGCCGAGGAUCAGGGCGAUGAGCAAGUGGUCGGGGUACGGCGCGGGCGCGCCGGCGAUGCACUAG